AUGCUCACUAGUUAUAUUGCUGACACGCCAGAAGCCAUGAUGUUGGCAUGUGUUGGUGGAAAGACGUCCCCAGUGACUAUGGCGAUGUACAAAUAUUUUGGGGAUCCCUUCCAACAUGAACCCUGGACACGAUCGAAAACUCUUGCACAACUGGACAUGGUGCAUUCACGCGCUCGUCCAAAUGAUAUUGAGGCCUUUUUCCGCGAGGCGCAGAAGUUUCGCCUGAAUGGCAUAGACAAACCAUUCUGGUCGGACUGGUUGUUAGUGGAUCCGUCCCGGUUUCUCACACCUGAAUCACUGCACCACAUUCAUAAGCAGUUUUGGGACCAUGAUGUGCAGUGGAUUAUCCUUGCAAUGGGAGGGUCCGAGAUAGAUUUUUGGUUUUUGGUUAUACAGCCCACCACUGGUUAUCGACAUUUUCACGGAGCCAGUGCAGAUGCAGUACCUGCUGGAGUUAUUGUUGCUGUACGUGCGCUCAUGCACUUUCGUUAUCUCGUGCAAUCGCUGUGUAUUGACGACAAGGAUCUUGGUCGCAUUACAGCUGCACUGAGCGAGUUCCAUGCGAACAAACAUGCGAUCAUUGCUGCUGGUCUUCGUCAGGGAAAAGGCAGUAAAGUCAUCAACAAUUGGCAAAUCCCAAAACUCGAGCUUAUGCAGAAUAUCGUGCCUAGCAUUCGCAACUCUGGAGUUAUAGCACAGUGGUCUGUGGAUGUUACCGAGCAUGCACACAUCACCAUGGUCAAAGACCCAGCAAGAUCUACCAACAAUAAUAACUACGACCCACAAAUCUGUCGUUAUCUCGACCGUGCUGAUAAAUGCAAUCGGUUUGAGCUUGCCACUAGCCUUUUGGAUCAUUCGCAGAGGGAAGACCCAGGAGUUGUUGGAGAUGAAUUUGUUGAGGAGGAUGACGAGAUCGACGAUGACGUGAAUGACUUUCCUGCAGAGCUGCUGUCCUCAAUUCAAAUUCCCGCACAACCACAUCCUAUCACGAAUUACUUUUCACUCGCAAAAAUACUCCAGCACAAGGAAAUCGGAUCGGUACCUGUCCCACUAUGUUCUUUUACCAUUGGGCGCACCGCUCUUCACCUUUCUUACAAUCCAUCCAUCAGGAAUGCCACUGUCAAUGAAGUUGCUAUCAUGUUCUGCCUACCGGACUUACGACCAGCUAUCGCAGAUUUCCUUCACCGUGAGGCAACCUAUGGUAAUCACAUACACUCAAUAAGCGGUCCUAGAAGAUCCACGCAUGACACUCAGCUUCCAUUUGACCACCUUCAAGUGUGGUUCAAAAUUUGUCUGCAGGAGACUGAUUUUCAUGAUCCCGAUAAUGUUCUACCCGUGCAAACGCUCAACUGCGCACCACCUUGUGGCCCAUGGACUUUAGGUCGUUAUGAUACGGCCAUUAUUCAAACCAACUCAGGGCACUCUUGGCCUACCAGUGGCCUUUCAGGGCAUUCCAUUGGCCAAAUUAGGCUUGUCAUUUGGCCCAUUGCCAGAAGUGGGAUGCCGUGGGCAUGGGAUGAUCAAUUCUUAACUUACGUCCAAUGUUUCGAUAUCUCUAGUGAAUGUGUUCCAACCACUCAGCUCCAUACACUGAAAAGGGCAAAACACUCGAAUGGCAUGCGGAUGGGCGAUGUCAUUCUGGUCUCUCAGCUUAGAGCGCCUAUCCAUCUUGUUCCCCAUUUGGCGCCACUGCGGACACGCGUCUCACCACAUACAACAGCUUAG